AUGUCGUCCCGGCGCCGGCGUCAUAGCGGACCACCUCCGCAACACUUCCGGGGAGCAAGCUAUCCCGAUGAGCAGGAUUGGCAUCCGUCCGGCCACCCUCCCAGAGCGAACAGUGUCUAUGAUCGACUCCCGCCGCCGCAUUACGAGCCGUCUUACCCCCGCAGCGAGACACGGCCGGUGCAUAGACCCGAGGUGGAUAGAGGACGCGGGCGUGAACGCGGGCAUCACACGGGUUUCCGGGAGGCAUACGAGGCACGCAGCCCACGGCCUGCACAUGGAGAGUCUCGGAGCCAGCGGCCGCGACGGCCACGCUCGCACGACAGAAUGAGCGACCGAGACUCGACUCGCGGCCGUGGCGAGCCGAGCCGCCACGCAAGGAUGCCCCAGGAAAGCGGCACCCGGCGAAGCAAGUCCACGUCGUCGUCGGCGCCUCGGCACCAGACGUGGCAGGCCACGGCGUCCCAGUGGUGGCAGAAUCCGAUUGUGCGAACGUGCGCCAUCACGGCCGUGUCGACGGGGCUGUCGGCCGCGCUGGACAGCCGCGGCGACCCGGGGCAAUGGAAGGGCGCAAAGGGCGCCAAGGUGGCCGUGGCAUCGCUCGGGUCUGCCUUGGUCGACGGGUUCCUCGGCCACAAGCACCCCAACAGCGUGAGGCAGCAGGUCGCGAGGAAGGGGUUUCAGGUGGCCAUGGAGGAGACGGAGAAGAAGAAGCAGCGGCCGAUGGAACCACGCAAAGACGAUGCCCAGAGGCCCAAGGAUGGGCACCGUCGGCGCAGGCGUGGUGACGGGUCGAGGAGCCGUGGGCGGCAUGAUGACGGGAAUACCGGGCAAUGA